AUAGAAAUGGAGUGGCUCUUGCAGAUAAACUUGUGGCACUUACAGCAGGUGCCUACAACCCUCUUUUUUGUGCACAAGUGGCACUGCCGCCUGUCCUUGACGUUGCUCCUCUGACUGUGCCUGCUGGAACGUACCUCAGCAUCUGGUCAAAAGGUUCCAUCUAUCCAUGCAGGACCUGCUACAUCAGGCUCGCUCCUGCUGCUAUCUUCAGAGCUAUCACUCUUAGCUCUCUGUCUGCAUGACUACAUCCAAAGCUUCUUGCGUGCUAAAUCUUCUUGCCAUUUCGCCAACUAAUACUACUCCCGCCAAGCAAAGUCCAAUUUUGUUUGGGUUCUUGCUUGUCAUCUUGAAUUGUUUAUAAAAUAGAUUGCAGCCUUGUAAGAGAAAGGCCUUAUGAAGUCCGACACGCAAACGUGCGCGCAUGCACGGACGUUAUAUAGACACGUGAGCAAAUCUGAGCAGAAGACUAGAGGAGAUAGAUGAGCCGAGAGGAGUUAUCCGUGCACAUGCGGACCAUGAUGUUCAGACAAUGCUGCAGUCAUUUGAGGUCAGGUCUUUCCUUCCAAUGUUCCUUCUGGUUCUCUGGCUUCUUGUUGUUCACUCUCUUGAGCACAGAAUUGAGAUGUACGCGAGGAGUGCAGGUGAUGGUGACGGGCCCGCAGACCAUCCAGAAGGCUGUGGGCGCGAACGUAACUUUGGGCUGCAGCUACACACUAAGCCCCUCUGACACUGGAGUGCUUGACAUCGAGUGGUCCAUGGCCAGGCGAAACACAAUGCAUAGUCAUCAGACGCUAAUCACCUAUACCACAGGAACCGAAUACAUCCACGACAGUCGAGCUCUAACAAACGGGCUCAGCUUUGCUGCUCGUGAUCCCUCACUGGGUGAUGCUUCUCUCUCAAUUGCUCUUCUGUCACCUGCUGAUAGUGGUACUUACCAGUGUAAAGUGAAGAAACCACCUGGACUGGACAUGCGCAGAGUGUCAUUGGUUGUAAUGGCAAAGCCGUCUGUGCCUAAGUGCUGGGUGGAGGGAGGGGAGCUGGUUGGCGAGGCUGUGUCUCUGCGCUGCAAGUCUGAAAAAGGUUCCACUCCCUUAAAAUACGCGUGGUGGAGAGAAAGUGCAGACCCCAUCCCCGCUGCAGCCCCCAUCCCUGCUGCAGCCACACAGAACAGUUAUACCGGGGAGCUGAAAAUCAGCAACCACGCGCAGAGCUUCGCAGGCACCUACCUUUGUGAGGCAACUAAUGCUGUUGGAGCUGAACACUGCAGGGUCGACCUGAAAGCAAACAAACGGAGGACGCUCUACCUCCCAACAGCCGCCCAGGUCAGUCGUCGUCCUAAUUGGAGCACCAAUCAGCACCCACAGGUGACUUACUGUGAAAUCAGCAAGACUGAGGAGAGCUCUUUCAAUGAUGGAUGCACGCACACCCCUUCCAGCAACAGCAGCACACUGGUCAAAUAUGACAGCAAGUUUGGAUACGCAGUCUGACCAUCAACAAUAAUGCUCAUGAAAGACGGUCAGAGGUUUAGAGACUAAACAUAUCAGCAUCUUCUGCUCCUUGCGUCUUUGUGAACCAGCCAGAGCUGACAUGCUCAGUGUUUACAGUUUACCUCUCAGCUGGAGUGUGAAUGCAUUAGUCCAAAAUGUUUUAAUAACUGAUUUGACUCAUAACCAGGAAAACAACUAAAAAACAGCUACUUUGCAUAAAUUACAUUUUUUUGUAUAGUGUCUAUUUGUUCAUUUUUGUGCUUUGAAAUUUUCUGACUUGCAUUAAGAU